AAAAAAUCUACGCCAUGAUCAAGGUCACAUAAUCCCGUGCAGUCCUAUUGCAAGGUGACGUCAUUUUCGAUAACCCGCCAGUGUUGUAGGUUACGCCGCACUCAGUCCGCGCCGCGCGUCCGCGAGUGAUACACGUACUACACAUCGCAAAAAUGUCUGAAGGAGGCCCAGCCGUCUGCAACAGCUGCAAUGCUGUAAUCUCGGGGAGAAUCGUGACAGCCCUGAACAAGAAGUGGCACCCGGAACACUUCCAGUGCCACACGUGCCGCAAGCCCAUCGAUGGUGCUAAGUUCCACCAGCACGAUGGUGGCGUCCACUGCGUGCCCUGCUACGCUGAGCACCACAGCCCACGCUGCCACGGCUGCGGGGACCCCAUCACUGAUCGUGUGAUCCAAGCCCUGGGUGUAUCCUGGCACGCACAUCAUUUCGUCUGCGGCGGCUGCAAGAAGGAGCUUGGUGGUGGCGGAUUCAUGGAACAGGCUGGUCGGCCAUACUGCUCGGCAUGCUACGCGGAUAAAUUCGCAGCGCGUUGUGCCGGCUGCAUGAAGCCUAUCACUGACAAAGCCAUCAUCGCGUUGGACAAGAAGUGGCACCGCGAAUGCUUCACUUGCAACAAAUGCAGGAACCCCGUGACAGAUUCCACAUUCUCCGUGAUGGACAACAAACCGCUCUGCGGGAAAUGCGCCUAAACACAACAUAAAUACAACCCGUAAGAAUUAACUAGACAACUCUCUAGAAACCCCCUUCAAAUCACCUUCUCCGCUCCCCCCGCCUACCCCGCUUCUGAAUGAUCCGUCUUGUGAAUAAACUGCUAGAUUACAAAAAAAAAAUACGAUAUGCGGAAGAGACUACAGUGUAAAAUGAUUCCAUUUUUCUAUUUGACUUAUUUACGAUUUUUUUUUAUUAACAAUUACGCAACAAAAAGUUCCGUUUGACCAUGUUUAUUGAUGACGUCAUGCUUUCGAAUUUCCAUACAAACUCCAUAGAAAUUAAUCAUAUUGUAAAAGUAUUUGAUUAGUCUACUCCCAGAGUGAUUGUCAUCUACUCUGGGAGCUCACUCUGUACCGAUAAACACUGAACACUUACGUCACCAGCACGUGACGUCAUCGACGUGUCUAGCCAAUUCGCACGGGUACACAAACAGUACACCCAACGAAACGUUGUAGCCAUAAAGUGCACUUACUAUAGCCAUGUAAGAUUCCAAAGGAAAUACUUUAAGGUAAACAUAUUUAUGUAAAAACAUUUUCUUUUUAUUAUAUUUUUUUAAAACUUCCACGGGAUGAGGACGAAGAGCAAGAGAGUCACAUAUGACAGUAUUUGUAAAGGUAUUUUUAAGAUGAGGCAAGAAAGACAUGUAAAAUAAAUGGUAGUACAACACAAAUUAGAAGCUUGGCAUAAAUUAGUAGAAAUUAUGUAUUUCGCUCUGGCAACAUUUAUAGAUGUACCUAUUCUAUUGGUCAACACAGUGGAUUCUGAAUUCAAGUGAUUGGUUAAUAUUAUAUCAGUGUUGCCAAUUAAGGAAAUAACAACCAAUUCCUACAUUUUUUCCAAGCUGUAAAAUUUAAAUUAAGUAUGUAAAGUGCUUAAAAUAUAUGUGUUAAAAUCUGUAAUUUAUUAUAUCGCUAAUUGUAAUUGUAUCGUCAAGCUUUCAAUAAGAAUUAUUCAACUUAUUCACAAUCACAGUUAGAAGCUACAAGGCUAGAUUAUUUUUUUAUUUUACGCAUUGAUGGUGUAACUUUUUUUUUCAAUAAAUUAUUUUCGUUUUUA